AUGCAUGUGUGCUAUGCCAUCGGUGGCCGUUUGCUUCAUGUUGUGGAAGAUCUCUGCAUCGAAGUGCAUCUGCAGCAUGCUGCCCCCCUGAGCAUCCUGCGGUUGUUGCUCGUUUCUUCUUUUUCCAUUCGCCCAGGUCCAGGCGAGUCCUUCCCAACCCGCACCCGCUUGGCCUUCGAUGGCCUGGACGAUCUCGAGGAAGAGGAGGAAGAGCCGCUCACCGAGACCGGAACGGUUCCGAAGGAUCGAGCUUUGAUACCUCGACCAGUCGGUAGCGGCUUUCAAAGUCUCGAAGAUCUCUAUGACAAGCAUAGGGGUACCAAGAAGAUCCCUGAGCUUGAGGAGGAGGAGCUUGAAGAGUUGCACGUCCUGCUGAAGGAUGAGAUCCAAAGGUGUCCAUCGAUCUCGUCUGUUGCCUGGGCAGCCAAAGCGCUGGAGGAGUUGGAGCUCGAGGAUGACGAUGUCUUCGAAGUGAUUGCAGAGAAGGUGACGGAUCAGGUGGACGAGCUUAGCCCACAGGAGACUCUGGACAUAGUGCUCAGCUUCGGGGCGAUCUAUUACAACGAUGACGAGUUCUUGGAAACCCUCGUGGGUGCUGUUCGGAGGCAGAUGAAAUUCUUCACCAAUGCUGAGGUCGUCCGCCUGGCAAAUGCCAUGUCGCGUCUUGGUGGGCUGGAUGACACGAAGCAUGUAGGCAUGUUCUUUGAAAUGCGAAAGCGCGUCAACAUGCCCUUGAUAGACAAGGCUAUCAGGAUCACUUCAACAGAAGCACCAGCCAUGCUGCAUCGCUCCUGGUUGGCCCCAGAAAGGCUCCUGGCCCCGCACGCUGCCAGAGAGGCAGAUGAGGCGCAACGAGCCAGCAUCAUUCUUCAACAUGCAGCCCACGGUCCUCCCAUCACAGAUGCGGACCUGGCGCAAUGUGACGAGGAGGCUGCAGAGCAGCUCCGUGCAUUGCAGAUCCUGCAAGGUGUGCUGGGACACCGUGCGCCCGGUGCCGCACCAUUGAGCAGUGACCCAUGGCUACCUGACACCGGAGUUUCGGACGAAGACGAUCUUUGCCAAAGCUCCCUCCCAGGUCUCCAACAAGCUGACAGCGGAGUGCACCACCCAGGCUCACCACGGAUUGCUGUCCAUGAGCUGGACGUACCAUUGCCGAGGCUGAAGAUGUCCCUGCGACUUCUGGAGGCUGCUGACAGCCAGCAGGCGACACGCAGCUUCAAGGAGCUUGGGCACGAUGAUCCAUUUGGCUCCAAGGCCUGGCCCUCCGCGUACCUCGUUGCAGACAGGCUUCUUUCAGAAGAUCUCCAUGGCCGUUCUGUGCUGGAGCUUGGCUGUGGAACAGGCUUCGUGGCAAUCGCUGCACUUCUAGGAGGUGCACGGUCCGUCCUUGCAACAGAUCGGGCCAAGCUGAAUGUCGACUCUGCACAACGGUCUGCCCACCUUAACGGCCUAGAUCUCCAGGGUCAGGUCUUUGACGUGACCUCGUCGGACUCCUUACCGUCUCGAGGUGGCAAAGUCUUUGACUACGUUGUAUUUGCAGACGUGCUGUACUGGCCGGCAGAGGCAGCUGCCUUUGGUCGGCGUGCAGCGGAAGCCUAUGUCCAGGGGUCUACCGUUAUCAUGGCAGAUCCCGGGCGACGGCGCGAACAGUUUCUAGGCGAGCUGCGUUCCGAGCUUGCGCUUCGUUUGGACACGGCCUCAGAGGGUGUGGAGUUGGGUGUCUGCGGAGGUUCGAACCGCUUCCUCCCUGUUCUGCCAGGCGCCUUUCGUUCUUGUCUUGCAACAAGCUCGACAUUCCAAGGUGCACUUCGAGAUCGUCGACUAGUCCGUGAGACCCUCCUGCCCGGGAGAUGCAGCAGUUUGCGCGACAUGAAGCAGCUCAUCUCCAAGGUCAGGUUGCCGCAGAACAGCAGAGUGAAGAAGCAGUUCAAGUCCAAGAUGGCCAAGCAGCUAACGCUGAUGAAGUACACAGCGGAGGCCGAGGCUGCAAAACAGGAGGAGAUCGAUCCAGAGCUGGUCAACGAAGGACAUCUUGGAUGCCACCCCAUGAGUGGAUCGCAACGACGGAUACCGCAGGUCAGGAAGCUUCUGCUGCUGGGCCUGAGCCGCUCGUCAGGCAAAGAUCUGCAAGGCUUGGCUACUCCUGCCUUGUGUAACACCAUAUCCUACCCAGGUUCACGAGCUUGGCGCACGACCGAAGGCCAGCUUGAGAGCGAGGAAGCUGCGGAGCUCGUAAAAGAAGAGCUGUUGUUCGUUUGGGGUUCUUCUUGUGGUGGCCUGUUUGUGAUUCUAACCGCACUUGCUCCCAUGCUCGCUUGGCGAAAGCCGCUCACGGACUUUUCGCCGUCCGCUCCUGGCAUCGAGCCAAACCUCUUGGAGGAAGGUGCAAUGCCGCUUCACAGCACCCAUGUCUUUGCAAGUCACAUUGGCCAUACCGGCAAAACGACGCUGGCAUUUCAGAUGUCGACGUUCUAUGCCAGCAAGCAUCCAGAAGCCCGCGUUCUCAUUAUGGACCUCGCAGAAGAGGGCGACCUCACAAAGCGAUUGCUUGGUGGUGUGGAUGCUGCAGGGCGCAAGGCGGGUUUUGCGUUUGGCGGAGUCUUUCGACUGCUCCAGGCCGCCGAGAAGCGGCCUUCGGGGCUGACUAGCUGGCUCUGGUCCUCGACCUUCGAUGUUAUGGAGCAUGCGGUACGACUCAAGGAUCACAAUCCUGCGCUCCCUGACAACAUCUUCCUGAUUUCCAGUGGAGCAUGGCCAAGAGCAGAGGCCCCCAUGAGCGACGAUGUCAGGAAGGAGGUUUGCGAAAGAAUACGAGACUCCCUCGAGAAGUCUACAGAAACCUGGAAGCUGUUUUGCGACACAGACGGGGACCGGCGGCCUUCGCCGUACACGAUGUUAGCUUACGGCCUGUGCGACGAGGCCAUCGUGCCACUCCACCUGAACAAGGGAGAUCUUGACAGGACAGAAACUAUGCUGGGAGUCAUGCACGAGCUGAGACAGCGAGGAGAGAUCAGAACCCAGGUUCUAUUCAUAGUGUGGAACUUUGUCAAGGUCCUGAAGGACGAUCCAGUAGAAUACCACGGGAUGACGCUGCCUUUCACGCCCACCAAGGUGUGCAUGGACAUCUUGGAGUCAUGCAACCGUCGCCUCUUUGGCAGCGCUACGGAGCUUGCGGGGCUCUUCGUGCAUUCCGGUGAGUCGGAGACCGACUUCAUCAAGAAUUCCACGGCAGUGCUCAAAGUCUUGGCAGAUAAUGUGCUCAAGCCGUCUGAAGAGCUGGGUGUGCCGGUAGUGGAGAUGGUAAGCAGGCUCGCCGACAGUGGCAAAAAGACCAUGAAGUUCCAGAGUGGGGAUAUUGCCUACGACACAAAGGGGGAGACCAUCUCAAACGUGAUGGAUGGCUUGAAGCAGCUCGAGGAGAAGUUCGAGGUGAGCGGACACUGCCGUGUUCGUGGUGCCCUGGCACAUUCCUCCCAGAAUGCCGCAGCAACUUGCUCUUUUGGUUUUGAUGGAAGCUGCAGCACUGCUCCGCAGGUGAUGGUUGUCCUAUCUGCAACUUUGGAGGAGUCUGUCAGUCAUGGAAUUGACCUGAACACCAACGCCUUCCUACUGGUUCAUGGCUGGACAGCUGGGCCACUCCUCCUAGAGUCCGCUGACAAGCUCCUUCCUGCUUGCCAAUCGUCUAAGACUGUGGCAGAGCUGGCUGCCGAAACCGGCGCUAAGGAGGGACCGCUAGCCAUCGUUUUGCGAUGUUGUAGCGCGCUGGGCUACCUGGAUUUCGACCCGGUGUCUAGAUUGAACUUCGUUGUUUGGAGAUUUGGGGAGGCGGCUGCAUUUGCAAGGGAUCCAUCGCUUUGUGGAUCGAACUUACUCUGUGCCGCGAUGGCAGAGAGGGAGGAGAGCACUGGCACGAAGAAGUACAGCCUGGCUGCCCGCUUCCUUUUGCAGCGUGGGGAGGAGGAGCUUAUAGAAGUUCGGGCUCGCGAUCCUGAAAGUGGCGAAGAAUUCGUGCUGACACCUGAGGUGAACUUCGUACCGCUUUCUACCUGCACUUGGCAAGGUGUCAGGCUGCCCGACUCCGAGAUCGGAUGGUUCUACAAGGAGAAGCUGGGCCUCGACGCACUGAGGCGGCAACUUCUGCAGGACCCUCGUCACCUGCGGCUGGAGCGGCUGGAAGCAAGCAAACUGACCAUUCGCUGGAUGUUCGGUGGUUCUUCCAGUUCAGUCCUUGAAGCCGAGGCGGGCGACGGCGACACGGGCGAGUUUGAUGACGAAGCUGAGGCUGAGCAGGUUACGCUCGAGGAGCAGAACCUUGCGAAGGAGAUCGCCCAGGCGGAGGAAGAAGGUGUUGACCCCGCCUUUUGCGAGGCCCUGGAAAGCGAGAAAGAAGCCUCGGCCGAGGGCGGUGGAGGCAAGGCGUCAUCCAAGGCCAGUGUGGCCGCGGCAUCUGGUAAGCACGUUUGUUUCGAUUGCUGGUCGGGGGAUACAGAGUGCAAGAGACCGGGUGCUGGCCUGGGGCGCCCCAAGAACAAGGAUGGUGGCUCUGAGGCGUAG